GACUUUCUCUCUCUCUCUCUCUCUCUCUCCCCUCUCGUGCUCGCCGCCGCCUCCCUCGCCGAUCCGGGGGAGACGAAUCCCUCUCGCUCCCGAAAGAUCCCCGUCUCUGCUCGCCAAUCCGCUCGUUCAAUCACAGCAUCCCGUUCUUGUGCUAAUUUUUGCCCGAUCGAUCUAUUGAUCCGCGUUUACUUCUGCCGCCUGAUCUUGUUGCGAUUACUGUUAUUUGCUUGCCUGUUCUGUUUCUUCUGUUCUAACCAUGGAUGCAGGCUCCCGCUCGAUCUCUUCCGGCAAGAGCUGCGCCGCCGCGCAGCGUCCGCUCCAGGAGGCCGGAUCCCGCCCCUACAUGCCGUCGCUGAGCACGCGCAACCCGUCGGCCAAGUGCUACGGAGACAGGUUCAUCCCGGAUCGGUCGGCGAUGGACAUGGACGUGGCGCACUACCUGCUCACGGAGGGCAAGAAGGACAAGGAGAACGCAGCGGCAUCCCCGUCCAAGGAGGCCUACCGGAGGCUUCUGGCCGAGAAGCUGCUCAACAACCGGACGCGGAUCCUCGCCUUCAGGAACAAGCCGCCGGAACCCGAGAACGUGUUUGCUGCCGACACGGUUUCUUCUCACCAGGCCAAGCCGGCCAAGCAGAGGCGCUACAUUCCCCAGUCUGCCGAGAGGACUCUGGAUGCACCGGACCUCGUCGACGACUACUACCUCAACCUAAUGGACUGGGGGAGCAGCAACGUGUUGUCCAUUGCGCUGGGCGACACCAUGUACCUGUGGGACGCCUCAAGUGGAUCCACAUCUGAGCUCGUGACAGUCGAGGAGGACAACGGCCCCAUCACCAGCGUCAGCUGGGCUCCUGAUGGCCGCCAUCUUGCUAUUGGGCUCAACUCGUCUGACAUCCAGCUCUGGGACACCAGCUCCAGCCGCCUGUUGAGAACUCUGAAAGGUGUGCAUGAGUCAAGGGUCGGCUCGCUGGCAUGGAACAACAACAUCCUGACGACAGGCGGCAUGGACGGCAGGAUCGUGAACAACGACGUGAGGAUCAGGGAUCAUGCCGUGCAGACUUACCAGGGGCACAGCCAGGAGGUGUGCGGGCUCAAGUGGUCUGGCUCAGGGCAGCAACUGGCGAGCGGUGGCAACGACAACCUUUUGCACAUUUGGGAUGUGUCGAUGGCAUCCUCCAUGCCAUCUGCUGGCCGCAACCAGUGGCUGCACAGGCUCGAGGACCACACGGCCGCUGUGAAGGCGCUCGCAUGGUGCCCGUUCCAGAGCAACCUGCUGGCAACCGGCGGCGGCGGUAGCGACCGGUGCAUCAAGUUCUGGAACACGCACACCGGCGCAUGCCUGAACUCUGUUGAUACCGGGUCACAGGUUUGCUCUCUUCUGUGGAACAAGAAUGAGAGGGAGCUGCUGAGCUCACACGGGUUCACUCAGAACCAGCUGACAUUGUGGAAGUACCCUUCGAUGGUCAAGAUGGCUGAGCUCACUGGCCAUACCUCCCGCGUUCUCUUCAUGGCACAGAGUCCUGAUGGUUGCACGGUAGCGUCGGCUUCUGCGGACGAGACCCUCCGCUUCUGGAACGUGUUUGGCACCCCUGAGGUGGCCAAGCCUGCACCCAAGGCUUCCCACACCGGCAUGUUCAACAGCAGCUUCGCCCAUAUCCGAUAAGACGAACAAUGCGAACAAUCUCUUGAACUGGACAUGGUCCUAUGGACAGCUGCGUUGUGUGUACAGAGAACAGGCUGAAUACCUGGGUAUAUAAUACCGCUGAUGUACUGCCUAACUGUGGAUAAGAUAAUAUAUGGAUGGAGCCGCCGAAAUUCGGCUCCCGGGGAUGUAGGCACAUUGCCGAACCUCGUUAACAAAUGCCUGUCAUUUCAAUUCUGAGUUGUGCUGUCUUUGUGUCUAACUUUGGUUAUAUAGAACAGAGAAAAUCGCCAACAGAUUGAAGACUGCUAAUGGUGUUGUCGUGAACUGCAGGUUAUGGCUGGGUAGCGCACCACCAGAUCAGACGCCAUGCCCUUCUAGAAUGAGUGGUAUGGAGAAGUCGAUCUGCAAAUACGCGGAGGACCCAACAAAGAGUGUAAUAAGGCCUGAUCUUGGACUGAACUGAAGCGGCGGCUUACAAUGUCACUGAAAUAGAGAAGAUGAGGAAGUAUGUCACAGUGCACAACAAUGCAGUAAAAUGGAGAAAUGGAGCAGGGUUGAGUACGAGGUGAACAUAAGUGAAGACAAAGAAGAAUGUACGUGUGAAUGUGGACAGUUCGAGCACACUGGGAUGUUGUGCUGCCAUGUUCUAAGGGUGAUGGAAAUACUUCAUGUUGAGGAAAUCCCGGCUAAGCAUAUAUUGAAGCGGUGGACAAACGACCAAGGGACAUACUACCCCAACAUCUGGUUCAGUACGAGAGAGAUGAUCCAGUUAACCUGUCAUUCACGUGUAGGCACUCCACCUUUUACUUGAAAGCCAUGGAUGUAGAGGCUUUCGAUCACACUUAUGUUGGUUUGGAUGCUUUAAUGGUGAGUGGAGCACCUUUCGCCGAGAGGAGGGAUGGUCUGGGUUUUGAAGACCGCAUGGCCUGCUUAGUUCCUGGUACAUUACCUGGGAACGGAGAGAUUGCUUGUGUUGGCAAGCAACGAAAUUGCCGAAAAAUGCAUUAGCACUGCGAACUCUGUCAGUGUGAAUGCUCUGCAUGGGCUAACAGUACCAGAGAAGCAGAGAGGGGUCGGGAGACCGACAAACUGCAGGGAGAAGGCACCGUAUGAGGGGCUGAGCAAGCGUACAAGAUUCUGCAACAUAUGUAGUCGAGAGGGCGAUAAGCGGACUAUGUGUCCUGAAAGAGGGGAUGCACCCAAAAAACCGCGGAGGCCUAGGAAGUGCGAGAAUUGUGGCAUGGAAGGACAUCGUCGGACCACUUGCACUAGGCGGAUGGGUGUUGCUGAAACAUGAAAACUGAAUUUUGAUAAUCUGUAGUUCCGAGGAUUUUCUGGUGUGUUUUUGUGAGCUUUGCUCCACGCUUGUUCCUCAGUUUGAAGAGACACGUCAUAGACUGUAAAUAUAGGUUUGUUUCUUAAUAAUUUGUGGCAUGCAUUUGGCACACUGUAA